UCCGCUGCGGCCAGACGCGCCUCGGAACAGAGCUGCCCCGGCCCCUUGCGGCGCGCCCGGGCGGGAGGAGCCGGUCAUGCAGGAGCCGCUGCUGGGAGCCGAAGGCCGGGACUAUGACACCUUCCCCGAGAAGCCGCCCCCGUCACCAGGGGAGAGGACGCGGGUCGGGGUCCUGCAGAACAAGAGAGUGUUCCUGGCUACCUUUGCUGCUGUGCUGGGCAAUUUCAGCUUCGGGUACGCUCUGGUCUACACAUCCCCUGUCAUUCCUGCCCUGGAGCACUCCUCGGAUCCAAACCUGAAUCUGACCAAAACCCAGGCAUCCUGGUUCGGGUCCGUGUUCACCCUGGGUGCGGCGGCCGGGGGACUCAGCGCCAUGGUCCUCAAUGACCUCCUGGGCCGGAAGCUCAGCAUCAUGUUCUCAGCUGUGCCCUCGGCAGCCGGCUAUGCGCUGAUGGCAGGUGCCCACGGCCUCUGGAUGCUGCUUCUGGGAAGGAUGUUGACGGGCUUCGCAGGGGGUCUCACAGCUGCCUGCAUCCCGGUGUAUGUGUCUGAGAUUGCUCCCCCCAGCGUCCGCGGGGCCCUGGGCGCCACACCCCAGCUCAUGGCAGUGUUUGGGUCACUGUCCCUCUAUGCCCUCGCCCGCCAGGCUCCUCUGUCCAUGGGAUUCUGCAGGCAAGAAUACUGGGGUGGGUUGCCAUGCCCUUCUCCAGGGGAAUCUUCCGGAUUCAGGGAUCAAACCCAGGUUUCCUGCAUUGUAGGCCUGCUGCUGCCCUGGCGCUGGCUGGCCGUGGCCGGGGAGGGGCCGGUGCUCGUCAUGGUCCUGCUGCUCAGCUGUAUGCCCAACUCCCCUCGCUUCCUGCUCUCCAAGGGCAGGGAUGCGGAGGCGCUGCAGGCGCUGGCCUGGCUGAGAGGGGCGGAUGCCGACACCCGCUGGGAGUUCGAGCAGAUCCAGGACACUGUCCGGAGACAGAGCAGCCACCUGUCGUGGGCCGAGGCCCGGGACCCCCACAUGUACCGCCCCAUCGUCAUCGCCUUGCUGAUGCGCUUCCUGCAGCAGCUGACAGGCAUCACGCCCAUCCUCGUCUACCUGCAGUCCAUCUUCGACAGCACCGCGGUCCUGCUGCCCCCCAAGGAUGACGCCGCCAUCGUGGGCGCCGUGAGGCUCCUGUCCGUGCUGAUCGCCGCCCUCACCAUGGACUUGGCUGGCCGCAAGGUCCUGCUCUUCAUCUCGGCGGCCGGCAUGUUUGCCGCCAACCUGACCCUGGGGCUGUACGUGCAUUUCGGUCCCAAGUCUCUGGCCCCCAACAGCACCGUGGGCCUGGAGCGUGCGGCCCUGGUGGGCACGGAGCAGCCCCUGGCCACGCCCACCAGCUACCUCACCCUGGUGCCCCUGCUGGCCACCAUGCUCUUCAUCAUGGGCUACGCCAUGGGCUGGGGGCCCAUCACCUGGCUCCUCAUGUCGGAGAUCCUGCCCCUGCGGGCCCGCGGCGUGGCCUCAGGGCUCUGCGUGCUGGUCAGCUGGCUCACUGCCUUUGCCCUCACCAAGUCCUUCCUGCUGGUGACGAACGCCUUUGGCCUGCAGGCCCCCUUCUUCUUCUUCGCCGCCGUGUGCCUGGUGAACCUGGCCUUCACCGGCUGCUGCGUGCCCGAGACCAAGGGCCGGUCACUGGAGCAGAUCGAGUCCUUCUUCCGCACCGAGAGAAGGUCCUUCCUGCACUAGGAAGGGUCCCCGCCAGAGAGGGCCACACCCCUGGGCGGUGGAGCUGGGCUCUGGCCCCAAACCUGCACCCUGCAUCCAGGAGGCAGCAGCAACCCGCCACCGACACAGGCACAGGAGGGCGGCCCUGAGGCCUGACAGCCCUUGGAACACGUGCCGGCCCUGGGCAGGCCCUGGGCAGGCAGCGCCGCCGGCCAGCGGCGUCACACACCCAUCUGCCGGACCUGCCGGCAGAGGCGGCCAUCACACAGCCCCGCGCCAGGGACAAGGCCUCGCUAGGAGACCCCGUGCUGAGGACAGACAGGCCUAUGCUGGUGGACUGGCUCUGCACAGGGACGCCGCCCCCAUCCGGCUGCUCCCAUCGCCUGGCGGCCGUGCAGGGACCAGGACAAGAAGCUGCACCUGUGAGGCCUGUGGACACCACAGGGGACGCGCUGGACGCCUACCGGCCAGGGAACAGAACCCAACAUGGACUCUGCCUCCUACACCCACCCCGCUUCCGGAACAGGAAGUGCUUAAGGGCGAGCCGUGUUCACCGUAUUUAUACCAAUAAAUGAGAGGAGGGCGUGGGGAGUACUCCCGGUGGAGGAGACCCCCCAGCAGCCAGGCCAGA